AUGGGUUUAAUCGUCGCAGGAUCUGUAGUUAUCAUUUUGACGACUGUCAUAGUGUAUCUCAUCCGGUAUUUCGCUUUACGGCAUCAGUUGAAGGGUAUCCCCCAACCCCGUUCAUAUCCACUUAUAGGCCAUGGGCUGAUAAUGAAAAAUGACCCUUUGGGUUUUAUUGCUCAAGUUAUGGGUAUGGCUAAGAUAUUUGAUAGUCCUAGAAUGGUGCUGUUCUGGAUAGGUCCUAAACCUGCCUUGAUGUUGUAUUCUGCUGAACUAUUGGAAAGAAUUUUGGCUUCUUCUCGUCAUCUUAGCAAAGGAUUUACAUACGUCAUGCUAGAGCCAUGGCUUGGAGUGAGUCUUCUAACAAGCCAGGAGGAAAGAUGGAGACCUAUGCGAAAAUUGUUAACUCCAACCUUCCAUUAUGACAUCUUAAAAGACUUUGUACCCAUAUUCAACGAGCAUGCUAGAGUGCUUGUGAACAAGUUGGCCAAACUUCCACGAGGAGAACCCGUCGAAAUUCUUUCAAAGGUUACGUUAUGCACUCUCGAUGUUAUCUGCGAAACUUCAAUGGGAAAAUGUGUUAACGCUCAAACAGAUGAGGAUUGUGAUUAUGUGAAAGCUGUUCAUGAGAUUAACAAAUUGAUUCUAAGUAGAGCAUGCGCUCCUUUUCUUUGGAGUGAUCUAACAUAUAAGCUAAGUAAAGAAGGAAAAUCGCAUCAAAGAUGUUUGAAUAUUCUACAUUCCUAUACUAAAAAAGUUAUUGAGGAAAGGAAAGUGGAAUUGGAAGAGAACGAUUGGAGAUUAGAUGGUCGUAGAGCUUUUCUAGACCUGUUACUCGAAAUGAGCCAUAAUGGACAGUUAGAGUUCUCGGAAAUUCAACCGGAGGUGGACACUUUUAUGUUCGAAGGGCAUGACACUACUUCUACUGGAAUAAGCUGGGCUUUGCAUCUCAUAGGAAAUCAUCCAGAAAUACAACGUAAAAUACAGGCAGAAAUAGAUGAAGUUCUUGGUAAUCGUUCUGAAGUCACACCAGCUGACAUCUCCCGUUUCACUUACUUAGAAUGCUGUAUCAAGGAGUCCCUCCGUUUAUACCCGUCAGUUCCUAUUAUUACAAGAGAAUUGAAUCAUGAUGAAGUCAUCAAUGGAGUUACGAUACCCAAAGGGACACCCAUUCUGCUUAAUCAGUAUUUGACCCAUCGUGAUCCUAACCAAUGGGAAGAUCCAGAGAAAUAUAUUCCAGAAAGAUUUUCUCAAGAUAAUAACAUUUCUCGUCAUUCUUACUCAUAUGUACCCUUUUCCGCUGGAAGUAGAAACUGUAUUGGGAAAAGAUUUGCAAUAAUGGAAGAAAAAGUAAUUCUGGCUUGGAUUUUCCGCAAUUUCACAAUAACAUCUUGCGAGAAGGAGUACGAGUCGCGUCCAGUUUUGGAGCUGAUUCUUAGACCAUCUGAAGGAAUCAACAUAACACUGGAAAGAAGAAGAUUAUUAAGCGUUGAUUACGAAAAUUAA